AUGAAAGCUUCAAAAGUCACGUGUUCGGUGGCCUCUCAUGCGGUUGGUACUAAAAGCGAUGCAAUUGGAAUGCACUUCCUUUCCUUCCUUCACACCAAUCCGGACUCGCGGUAUUCAAGGUUGAACCUGAAGAGGGUGCCUUCUGUGUCACCCGUGGUGAGACUGAAAGCAAAACCGUCGCAGGAGAAGAGCACAACCCAGACCUCCACAGUGAAACCGGAGCCGGAGUUCUUUGUAAAAGCCCUCACCUUCUGCCUACAAAGCCUCGAGACAACCUCCGUGGAGACCUUCACGGAUACUUUGGAUACUAUGGAGGAGUCCUUGGACUCCACCAUCUCUUCCACCCUCGUAGAUACUCCUGUCCGACCGUCAAAUGACUGGACUGUGGAAAUGCCACAGUUCUUUAAUGGUCCUCUUUCUGCUGCUAUUGAAGCGGUUAAAAGGGCGCCUGGAUGUGCAUGGCCUCCAAUCAUUCUAAUGCUCUUCGGAAAGGAACCGGUUUCAAACAGAAACUUUGUCAGUAGGGUUCUCUGCAGCGGUGUAAAGAAGGUUCCCACGCGAGACUACCACGGAGGCGAUGACAUCUCCGUUGACAUGACCUCACACUGUAUUCAGGAGAUCGGAAUGACUCCCACCACUAUCAACGGCCUCCUUAUUGAACGCGCCAUCAAGAUGGUUCCAUGGAGCUGUGCCACUUCUGAGCAUCGGCGAAUACUGGCUGCAGCCUUCCGUGGAACUCGGCUUGAGCAGUGGCUCCAUGAGUGGUGUCCACACAAUGACUACCCCCGCCUUGUCGCCAUUGGUCGAAAAAGAAGGGGCGAUGUGGUAUGCAGCGAAUUUCGAGGCUCUUUGGAGCGAACCCUUCGGUGGAUGGAAUUAGUGACACAGGCACAUUUCCAUGACUACGAGGGUGACAAGAAGGGUGACGUCGACUUGGGCGCGUCUUCCUCGGAGUCCUCGAGAUCAACCGAUGAGGCGCAGAAGAAAGGGCGACGAAAGAUUGUUUUUUAUGAGAAACAGGAGGUCAAAUUUGAGUCGUUUAAGAAAGAGCCUUCAAAGAUCUUCGAGGAGAGGACAAAAAACGUCAUUAAAAGUUUUCAAUCAACACGACAAGGCUCACCAGUUCCUCCCUACUCAGCAGGUAGUUUUCAGAGGUCAUCCAGCACUAGCUCAUCUUCCGCCCAACCUUCAGAAAGUAGCUUCACCUAUCCCACCGAGAAGGGUUGUGAAACAGUGCCGCUCCUUAGAACCCCGUUACAUCAGCAAGUGGUGGACAAAAUGCACAAAUUUUGGACCAAUUUCCGAGAUAACUUUAUCUCCGGCUUACCCAUUCUUCCACCAUUCUUGCUAACAAGAUUUUCCACUGCUUUGAUCCGCUGUUUGGAGCCAAAUUCAGAAAAGGUGAAGCCCCUGCUUGUUUACCUCCACGAUGACGAAGCUGCUCCUACCGCUCACUUCGUUGCAAAUGUGCUGUGCUCUCAACGCUUCACCCACGCACUCUACAAACGUGGAAUUGGCAUAUGGCCAGUGGACCUGACAGGAGAUGUUUUGCCGCCCAACCAUCACCGCAGCCAUCACCACCAUCAUCACCGUCUAGAGAGUGCCGAUGAUCUAAGCCCCUUAAAAGAGGGCGAUUUGGAGGAUAUUCCACAACAAGCGCAUGCUCUAUUACAUCUCUUUCGAGACUACCCAGCGAAACAGACUGUUUCUAAGAUUCUCUCGGAGCGUAAUUUGCCUUCGCUGAUGGCAAUACAAGUACAAAAUGGCAAACUCUGUGUUGUCUCCACCCUACACUACAGCGCGACAACAAAACAGAGUGUUUUGUGGUUGUAUCGAAUCAUUGCCGCAUUCGAUCAAGAAAUCAACGAGGACAACGUCGAUUUGGAAGAGACUUAA